CUUGGAAGUGAGGCAAAAUUACGCUGCAUACCGUAGUUUUUUGAAGCGAUCGAAGGAGCCAGGACUUUCCUUCAAACCACUCAUUUCCCACACCCCUCCCCUUCCACAUCCGCGUCCAUGGCGUCCCGGAGACUCGCUCUGAACCUCGCGCAGGGCCUUCGCGGCCGCACUGGAGGGCUUUCUGUGCCGUUCAGGCGAGGCCUCGCAACACCGCACUCCUCGCCUGCCAUCAAGACCGAGACUACAACACUCAAGAAUGGCCUGACCGUCGCGACUCAAUACUCGCCCUACGCCCAGACCUCGACUGUCGGCAUGUGGAUCGAUGCCGGCUCUCGCGCCGAGACCGACGAGACCAACGGCACCGCCCACUUCCUCGAGCAUCUGGCCUUCAAGGGCACCACCAAGAGGACACAGCAGCAAUUGGAGCUCGAGAUUGAGAACAUGGGCGCUCACCUGAACGCCUACACCUCGCGUGAGAACACCGUCUACUUCGCCAAGGCCCUCAAUGAGGAUGUCCCUCAGUGCGUCGACAUCCUGCAAGACAUUCUUCAGAACUCCAAGCUCGAGGAGGCCGCCAUUGAGCGGGAGCGCGACGUCAUCCUGCGCGAGGCGGAGGAGGUUGAGAAGCAGCUCGAGGAGGUUGUCUUUGACCACCUGCAUGCCACUGCCUACCAGCACCAGCCCCUGGGCCGCACAAUCCUCGGCCCCCGCGAGAACAUCCGCGACAUUACCCGGACCGAGCUCGUCAACUACAUCAAGAACAACUACACGGCCGACCGCAUGGUUCUCGUUGGCGCUGGCGGUAUCCCCCACCAGCAGCUCGUCGAGAUGGCCGACAAGUACUUCUCCAAGCUCCCGUCUAAGGCUCCCGAGACCAGCGCCUACCUCCUGUCCAAGAAGAAGCCCGACUUCAUCGGCUCUGACGUCAGGAUCCGCGACGACACCAUCCCGACGGCCAACAUUGCGAUUGCCGUCGAGGGUGUCAGCUGGAACGACCCCGACUACUUCACCGCGCUCGUCGCCCAGGCCAUUGUCGGCAACUACGACAAGGCCCUCGGCAACGCUCCCCACCAGGGCAGCAAGCUCAGCGGCAUCGUCCACAAGAACGACCUGGCCAACAGCUUCAUGAGCUUCUCCACCAGCUACAGCGACACCGGUCUCUGGGGUAUCUACAUGGUCACCGACAAGCUCUCGACUGUUGACGACCUGGUGCACUUUGCCCUGCGCGAAUGGUCGCGCCUGUCGGGCAACGUGAGCGAGGCCGAGGUUGAGCGGGCCAAGGCCCAGCUCAAGGCGUCCAUCCUCCUGUCCCUGGACGGCACCACGGCUGUCGCCGAGGACAUUGGCCGGCAGAUCGUCAACACGGGCCGCCGCAUGAGCCCCGCCGAGAUCGAGCGCAUCAUUGACGGCAUCACCGAGAAGGACGUUAUGGACUUUGCCAACAGGAAACUCUGGGAUCAGGAUAUCGCCAUCAGCGCUGUCGGCAGCAUCGAGGGCCUCUUUGACUACGCGAGGAUCCGGGCCGACAUGAGCAGGAACUUUUAAAGGCGAGGAUCAGCUGGUGGUAAAAAAAAAAGGACGAGGAGUUGGGAGAGUUGGGGAUUCGGUUGCGGUGCGGGGAGAGAGAGAGAGAGAGAGAGAGGGGCGCCCGGGUCAGUGUAUUAUAAUCGGUGUUGAAUCCGAGGCCAACACGUGAAAUGUACUGUAGGGGGCGGGCGGGUAGACAUAGAUCAAUCGAUCCUGCUUCUU